AUGUACGAUCUCGGGUGGACCAGACCAGGAUUUUUUGACGAGGCUGAAGAUGAAAUGGCUCUUCAUCACGCUACCGCAAGAUACCAUGCAUUUCUGGACUUGAUGGCUUCUUCGCCUGCAUCGUUCUUCGUCCCAACUCUCGACAUCGAUCUAGUGUGGCACACGCAUCAGCUCAUGCCUGGAAAGUAUCAAGCGGAUUGCAGCACGUAUGUUCAUCAGUUCAUUGACCAUGAUGACAAAGUUGAAGGGCUCAAGCUCUCUUCCUCCUUCGAUGCGACCUGCCGAGCCUGGAUGAAGCGGUUCGGCGUCCGAUACUCCCAUUCCUACACGGCCCCACCUCCAGCACCCGCCCCGCAUCUUUCGCCAUACACGAACCGUGCGGACGUCCUUGGGGCGACACACCCAAGUGAUCACAAUGCCGUGCACUUCGACAGCCAUAGCAAGAGCGCGAACGAGACGACCGCGCGCAUGUAUGCAGAGCUCAAGGCGGCGAAGAAAGAGGCGGCGAGGAAGGCUGAUAAGGAUGCGAUCUCACACGGCGCGACGUCCAUGCCGCCGCAUUCGUAUGGCCAGGCGUGGAACUCGAGGGGGUGGAAUAGGACGGGGUUCAGACCUGCUUUCCUCGUUCCCGUGCCGCUGAUAGCUAUGGGCGCAGCUGAUGCUGGCUGUGUAGCUGUUCACGGGACCACGGUCGCGCCGCCUGUUGGUUGUGCUAGCGUGAGUCGAUUUUACCUCCUAGCAGCUGCGGUGGAUCCGGAGGAGGAGGAUGGAGCUCUUGCGGCGGCGCGGGGUCAAGCUCUGGAUGUGGUGGUGCUGGUGGUGGGGGUGGAGGGAGCUCGAGUGCAUGUGGUGGGGGUGGAGGCGGAGGCGGAGGCGGAGGCGGCGGCUGUGGAGGAGGAGGAGGCGGAGGAGGCGGAGGCGGAGGCGGAAGUGGUGGGUCUUGAAUUCCUCGUCACUGGAAACCCAUACUGA